AUAAAAAAAACAGAAAGAUUGUCGAGUUGCGGUCGACCAACCCCGCCAAGCGAACCAAGAGAGCCAAGCCGCGAUUUCAGGCUGUUGGCCCGUGCAUCGCCCUCCCCGUGUAUCCGGGAUUUACCGGUCAAUUUUUUCAAGGCCCUUUUCCCGAACUUAAGCCACCCUUUCCGUACCUCACUUUUUCCAAAAAGGCUCACUGCCAACCACACCGGAAUCCUCUCACCAGGCCCCAAUUGACCCCCCACGCCCGACCCUCGAUAUCCUCCGAGCGUCAAGAACAACUCCACUCAGUUCUUACCUCCUUAAUAUCUAAACAGACAAAAUGGCUGCCAAGGUCAACACUCCGGCACCGCAGCUUAGCGGCGUCCAGCUCUACUCCAGAUUCGCCCUCGCCGGCGCCAUCUGCUGCUCCGUCACCCACGGUGGCAUGACCCCCGUCGAUGUCGUCAAGACUCGUAUCCAGCUCGACCCUGUCACCUACAACAAUGGCAUGAUUGGCGGUUUCAAGAAGGUCGUCCAGGCCGAGGGUGCCGGUGCCCUUCUCACUGGUGUCGGCCCUACCUUCGCCGGUUACUUCCUGCAGGGUGCCUUCAAGUUCGGCGGUUACGAGUUCUUCAAGCAGCAGUCGAUCAACUACCUCGGCUACGAGAACGCCUCCAAGUACCGGACAGGUGUCUACCUCGCCUCGUCUGCCCUCGCCGAGUUCUUCGCCGACAUUGCCCUCUGCCCUCUUGAGGCCACCCGUAUCCGUCUCGUCUCCGAGCCCACCUACGCCAGCGGUCUCGUCAGCGGUUUCGGCAAGAUGCUGAAGCAGGAGGGUAUCGGCGCUUUCUACGCCGGUUUCGGCCCCAUUCUGUUCAAGCAGAUCCCCUACACCAUGACCAAGUUCGUCGUGUACGAGAAGGUCGCCGAGGCCGUCUUCCGCGUCUUCCCCAAGAAGGACCUGUCCGACGGCAUGCAGACCGUCGUCAACCUUGGUUCCGGUCUGAUGGCCGGUUUCGCCGCCGCCAUCGUCUCGCAGCCCGCCGACACCAUGCUCAGCAAGAUCAACAAGACCAAGGGUGCCCCUGGUGAGGGUACCACCUCCCGCCUGAUCAAGAUCGCCAAGGAGCUUGGUCUCCGCGGCUCCUACGCCGGUAUCGGUGCCCGUCUCUUCAUGGUCGGCACCCUCACUGCCGGCCAGUUCGCCAUCUACGGCGACGUCAAGAAGAUGCUCGGCGCUACCGGCGGCGUCGAGAUCGGCAAAUAAACGCCAU